AAUAGAAUCUGACUGUGGAGUAUAAGAGUCUUAUUUCCCUCAAUAUCGGCGAAGGCAUUGUAGAUACAUACCUAGUAGAUAUAUAUAAAUAAUUCAAUACCAUUCAAGAGCCGAAUGUAAUGUCUCACAGACGUAACCACGAUCAGUCCAUCAGCUACUCCUUGUGCUAUAUUAACUACCACCAUUGAAUGUCACCACACUCAACCCACCUCCAAUCACCAGCCAAGCAGCCACCCCAAUGGCGUCAGCACUCCCAAUGAAAGACAUCCUCUCGUGCGCCGCCCACAUCCUCCCAGACAUCGCCCAGACGCAGAUCGACCCUCCCGAGCAGCCGAAAUCUUCCUACUCCCCCCCAUCCAGCAUCCUCAUAAUCGGCGCCGGCGUCUUCGGCCUCAGCACCGCCCUCGCUCUAACGCAGCGCCCAGAAUUCACCCAAACCCGCAUCACAAUCCUCGACCGAUCCCCCGACGCCGGGAUCUUCCCCUCCCGCGACGCCGCCUCGAUCGAUUCCUCGCGCAUCAUCCGCGCCGACUACGCAGACCCGUCAUACGCCAAGCUCGCGUCGCAGGCGCAGGCGCGCUGGCGCGAAACCGACCUCGGCCGCGAUGGACGGUACACCGAGUCGGGCUUCGUGCUGGCUGCCGACGUCGGGCCCCUCGCGCGCGACGACGGCUCGCCCACGGGCAUCGCCUACGCGAAGAAGAGCUGGGUGAACGCGAUGGCGCUGGCGCAAUCCGAGGGACGACCUUUAAGCUCCGUGCGCCUGCUGCCCGGGGCCAAGCCGCUCGCGCGGGUGACGGGUGUGGGCGAGUUCGCGGACUGGGGGUACUUGAAUGAGGCUAGCGGGUGGGCGGAUGCCGAGGCGAGUAUGGCUUGGUUCUACGAGAGGGUCGCUGAAACGGGCCGGGUGACCUUCGUCAAUGGGACGGCGGAGAGCCUCGAGACGAACGAGGCGGAAAAACGAGUUACUGGGGCACGGCUUAAGGACGGUAGUACGAUCUCGGCCGACCUGGUGAUCGCGGCCGCAGGCGCCUGGACGCCUACGCUUGUGGACCUUUCGUCGCAAGCUAUAGCCACGGGCCAGGUCCUCGGGUACAUCGAUCUUACAGAGGAGGAGCAGACGAAACUCGAAAAAAUACCGGUGAUUCUGAACUUGACAACAGGCCUCUUCGUUAUCCCUCCUAGGAAUCGCGUGCUAAAGGUUGCGAGACACGCAUUCGGGUAUCUGAACCCCAAGACGCCUUCGUCGCCUCCGCUAGGAAUCCCCGGCGACAAGUCGUCCCUCAAGCCCAUCUCCCAACCCUUCACACAUCUCGACGACGCCUCUCUCGAGAUCCCGGAGGAGGGCAAGAAAUCGCUACGAGAAGGCUUGCGGAGGAUACUACCCUGGCCGGAGUUGCAGGAGCGGCCAUUUGCACGCACUCGCCUGUGUUGGUACACUGACACCGCUACGGGAGAUUGGAUAAUAGACUACCAUCCAUAUUGGAAAGGACUAUUUGUUGCUACAGGAGGGAGUGGCCAUGCUUUCAAAUUCUUACCAGUCAUUGGUGACAAGGUGGUGGAUUGCAUUAUGGGUCAAUGUCCUGUAGAAUUUCAACAGAAGUGGAAGUGGAAGCCAGUGGAUGACAUCGAGAAAGCUAUAGUAACACACGAUGGAAGUAGGGGAGGACAGCCAGGGCUCAUUCUAGAUGACGAGUUCAGUAAGCACGAGUAACUGAAAUCGCAAAUCAAUCUUCACAGAAACAUUUCACCAAAUAUGAGAUGCAGAGUUGUAAGACAAAAAUAUUAAAGGGGAAAAUGAUGCAAUUAUAGACUCUACCUAAGGAAUAACCUUAAGGAACAACC